AGAUUUCCUUUUUUUACAGUGGGAGGAGCGAUAUGUAUAAAUAUAAGAGGGACAGUAUGAACAUCACAGCACAGCCAGCAGCAAAACAAUCCAACAAGCAAGAUGGUUCCAGUGCUGAUGUUACUCGUGGUGGCUCUUGUAGCUGCAGAAUCUGAUAGUGCCUCUGUUUCUGUGGUUCACUGUGAUACCGCUACUGAUUGUCCUGAUGGAACAACGUGUUGUCUGAAUCCUUCUGGGUCCUGGGGCUGCUGUCCAUACCCAAGGGGCCAGUGCUGCAGAGAUGGACUCCACUGCUGUCCUAAUGGUUAUUUGUGUGAUUCGACAUCCACCCAUUGUCAGGCCGGGUGGCUAAGAUUGCCAUCUUCUUCCAGACUGGCUUUAAAUGCUAUCCAAGAGACUCAGUCUUUGUCCUUUGACCAGGCUCUCAAUCAGAAGAGUGAGGCUGAGCAGGUUCAUUGUGAUGGAAAUGUCUACUGCCCAACUGAGCAGUUCUGCUGCAAGACAUCAGCUGGCCAGUGGGGAUGCUGCAGCGGUUUGGUGUUGUAAACAAACAACAACCAUGACCUGAAUGAACCUCUCAUCAAAAACUGCCAAAGUGCAAGCUUGAGGCUUUCAAAUGUCAGGAAUAAUCCCACAUCCAAGUUGAAUUAAUAAGAAAUAAAAAUUGGAAGAAUUAUAGUUGAAUUAAAGUAAAUUGCACAUUUAUUCAAUACUUUGUUUUUGAGAAUGUCUUACUAUGUUUAAUCCUCCAUCGUAUUGUUUAUGAAUCAAUCGAUCUUUAUAAAUGAAUCUUUUAAAAUAA